UGUUUAGUUUCAGAAAAAAUCUUGAAGGAGCGUUUGGAACCAGAAACAUUGGAAUCAUUAGGACUUAUUAAACAAUCCCAGCAAUUUAAUCAGAAAUCUGUUAAAAUCAAGACAAAACUCUUCUAUAAGCAACAAAAAUUCAACUUGUUAAGAGAAGAGAGUGAAGGUUAUGCGAAGUUGAUUGCUGAGUUGGGUCAAGAUUUAUCUGGAAAUGUUACUACUAGUGACUUAAUUUUGGAAAAUGUAAAAUCUUUAAUAGGGUACUUUAAUUUGGACACCAACAGAGUUUUGGAUAUCAUCUUACAAGUUUAUGAAUGCAGGCCAGAACAUGAUGAAUUCUUUCUGUCUUUAAUUCAGUCCUACAUGUAUUUGUGUGAACCUGAAACACUCUGUCAUAUUCUUGGGUUCAGAUUCAGGUUUUACCAGGAUCCAAAUGGAGAGACUCCGUCAUCUUUAUACAGAGUUGUAGCCAUACUGCUGCAACAUAAUCUUACAGAUUUGGAGGAUCUAUAUGUCCUUCCACAUGAUAACCAGAAACUUGGUUUAUUGGAAGCAUUGUUGAAGAUUGGUGAUUGGCAGCAUGCCCAGGAUAUUAUGGAUCAGAUGCCUCUCUUUUAUGCCACUACACAGAAAGCAAUAGCUUUUGCCCUUUGUCAGCUUAUACAUGUAACUAUUGAACCUUUAUACAGAAGACUUGGAACACCUGUUGGUAUUAAAGGAAGACCUGUUCUUUUUUUGGAAAACAAAAGAGCACCAAAGCAAGUAGAGAGCUUUGAAGACUUAAGAGAAGAAGUAUUCAGUAUGCUUUCUCAUCUUGGUCCUAAUCUGUCUCAUGAUGCUAUCUUAUUUGCAAAAGUGGUACGCUUAGGAAAAGCAUUUAUGAAGGAGGAAAUUUUAUUUAGUUGUUUGCUUAGUAUUACUGACCAGGUCCUUCUUCCAUCUCUUACUUUGAUGGACUGCAAUGCUUGUAUGUCUGAAGAACUUUGGGGAAUGUUCAAAACAUUUCCGUAUCAGUAUAGGUAUCGUUUAUAUGGCCAGUGGAAGAAUGAAACUUAUAAUAAUCAUCCACAUUUAAUAAAAGCUAAAGCCCAAACAAUUGAUAGAGCCAAAUAUAUUUUGAAGCGUCUUACAAAGGAAGAUGUCAAGCCCUCUGGAAGAUGGAUUGGGAAGCUGAGCCACUGCAACCCAACUAUUUUGUUUGAUUAUAUUUUAUUACAAAUACAAAAAUAUGACAACUUAAUUACACCAGUAGUUGAUUCAUUGAAAUAUCUCACUUCUUUGAAUUAUGAUGUUUUGGCAUAUUGUAUUAUUGAAGCUCUGGCUAAUCCAGAGAAGGAGAGAAUGAAACAUGAUGAUACAACCAUUUCAAGCUGGCUUCAAAGUCUUGCUUGUUUCUGUGGUGCAGUUUUCCUCAAAUACCCAAUUGAACUUGCUGGCCUUCUGCAGUAUGUGGCCAAUCAGCUAAAGGCAGGAAAAAGCUUUGACCUACUUAUAUUGAAAGAGGUAGUAGAAAAAAUGGCAGGAAUAGAAGUUACAGAAGAAAUGACAGUGGAACAGUUGGAGGCUUUGACGGGUGGAGAACAGCUAAAAGCUGAGGGUGGCUACUUUGGACAGAUCAGAAACACAAAAAAGUCCUCUCAGAGGUUAAAGGAUGCACUUCUGGAUCAUGAUCUUGCCCUUCCUUUGUGCAUACUUAUGGCUCAACAGAGGAAUGGGGUGAUAUUCCAGGAAGGAGGAGAGAAACAUUUGAAGCUUGUGGGAAAGUUGUAUGAUCAGUGUCAUGAUACCCUGGUACAGUUUGGUGGGUUUUUGGCAGCUAAUCUGAGUACAGAGGAUUACAUUAAACGAGUGCCAUCAAUUGAUGUGCUCUGUAAUGAAUAUCAUACACCUCAUGAUGCAGCAUUUUUCCUGUCUAGACCAAUGUAUGCACACCAUAUUUCAUCAAAGUAUGAUGAACUUAAAAAAGCUGAGAAGGGAAAUAAGCAACAGCACAAAGUUCAUAAAUAUAUUGCAUCCUGUGAGUUAGUGAUGACACCUGUCCAUGAAGCAGUAAUCUCUUUGCAUGUUUCUAAAGUAUGGGAUGAUAUCAGUCCACAGUUCUAUGCUACAUUCUGGUCAUUAACAAUGUAUGACCUUGCUGUACCACAUAACAGCUAUGAAAGAGAAGUUCAUAAACUUAAAGUCCAGAUGAAAGCAAUUGAUGACAAUCAAGAAAUGCCUCUAAAUAAAAAGAAAGAAGAAAAAGAGCGCUGUAUUGCUCUUCAGGACAAACUUUUAGAGGAAGAAAAAAAACAAAUGGAACAUGUUCAGAGGGUUCUACAGAGACUAAAACUGGAAAAAGAUAACUGGCUUUUAGCUAAGUCUACCAAAAAUGCGACCAUCUCAAAAUUUCUACAGUUGUGUAUAUUUCCUCGGUGCAUUUUUUCAGCAGUUGAUGCUGUUUACUGUUCUCAUUUUGUGGAGUUACUACACCAGCAGAAAACUCCUAAUUUUUCUACUCUUCUCUAUUACGAUCAAGUUUUCUGUGAUAUAAUUUAUACAGUGGCAAGUUGUACUGAAAAUGAAGCAAGUAGAUACGGCAGAUUUUUGUGCUACAUGCUGGCGACUGUGACUAAGUGGCAUGGUGACAGAACAAUAUAUGAAAAGGAAUGUGGUAAUUAUCCAGGCUUUCUUACCACAUUAAGGGCAACUGGAUUUGAUGGUGGAAACAAAGCUGAUCAGUUAGAGUAUGAGAAUUUCCGACACAUUGUACAUAAGUGGCACUAUAAGCUAACAAAGGCUUCAGUACAUUGCCUUGAAACUGGUGAAUACACCCAUAUCAGAAAUAUUUUGAUUGUACUAACAAAAAUACUUCCUUGGUACCCAAAAGUCUUGAACCUGGGUACAGCUCUGGAAAGACGAGUCCAUAAAAUCUGUCAAGAAGAAAAACAGAAGAGGCCUGAUCUUUAUGCAUUGGCCAUGGGCUAUUCUGGGCAGUUGAAAAAUAGAAAACUUUCCAUGGUACCAGAAAAUGAAUUUCAUCACAAAGAUCUUCGUCCAACGAAUGUAGUUGCUGCACUUGUUCAAAAUGUCUCUGGUGGUGUUGGACUAACUUCGUCUCUCUCAGUAACUGCAGCUAAAGUGGAAGAAAGCUGUACUGAGGACACUGGUAUGCCAUUUUUAAAACCUUGGGGAGAAACAAAUUAACGUAUUAAGUAUUUAAUGAAAUCCCAACAUUAUUGAAUAUUUUGUGUCUAUUAACUCUAUAUGGAUACAAAUGAAAAAUUAAUGGGUAGUGACCUAUGUGUCUCACAGUAUUUAUGUAAUCAUGUCAACUGAUUGUUCAUUUUCUAUUUUAUUGGAAUCUUAGAAUAGUUUGCAGUACUACAAGCCUUUAUUGAACAUCUGCUUAUAGGUUUCUGGGCUGUGACCUGAGAAAGUUAGAAAGAUAGAACACAAUCAUAGAUUACUGUAAUUCACAAUAUUAUAUAACGUGUAUGUAUGGAAAAGAAAUAUGUAAAGUCAGGAGAGAAAACUCAGAAUGGAGUACUGCUUGGAAGACACUCCCUCUGGAGUGUUAACAGUUGUGUGUCCCAUUGUUAAGUUAGGUAUCAUUCAGAGGAGACUAAAUUAGACAAAGGUCUCAAGGAAGUGGUCUUUGAUGGCUUGAUGCAGGAAUAUAUAUUAUUUAUCUUAGAGAAGAGAUUCAUGUAUCAGUCACAUAAUUGUUGUCUUAAAAUAUUUGAAAUGGUAACAUUAUGAACAAGACUGCAAAUGUUGUGCAAAAGGUAGAAGAGGAAGGUGCAAAGAGUCUCACAUUGCCAAAUGCUUAUUGGAUAUCUCAAACCCAACAUGCUUCUUGUCACUUAAGCCUGGAUAAUUGUAAGAACCUUCUGGUUGAUAUCCAUCAGUCAAAUAUUUUCCUAGUCCAGUCUACAAGAAGCCAUUUUUGAAGCACAGAUCUGCCUUGGCAGCUACCUAUUUCAUUAAACUCAUGUGGCUCUCAUUUAUCUUCAGGUU